UACAUUCAUUUGUCUUUCACAUACCAGGUGGUUUUUUUGAAGUCUUAUCAGUACUGUAGAUCCCCGGGAGGUUAAUCUUUAUUCUCUUCCUUACUCCACUUUCCUUGGGCUUGGGAUCAGUCUCGUUCUCUCCUUUUUUCUUUUCCUUUCCCUCUGGCGCGGAGUCUGGGACAGAGUCAGGCUCCUUUUCGGGAGGAUCCUUCUCAAAGUUUUCGAUUAUAUCAACACUUUCCGCAGCCAUUUUGGUAUUUCAAAAUUACAUGUAGAGGAAUGUAUAAACGGAUAAUUACAAACUUAAUAACUAAAAUUCUAAUAACUAGCCACACCUACAAAAGGGUGACUCAAAAUGGCUACUCCUUUAAAGCCUUGGGAAAGAGGCGGCUCAUCUUCUUUUCCAGCUAAUAAUGGCGGGCAAAGAGGAGAGGAAAGAAAGAGAGAGGCCCAAGCAAGCAGCAGCAGUCCUGUAAAGCCAGUGGUACCUCCUCGUCCGCAAUCAAAUGCACUAACAACUUUAAAUGGAGCCACAGGAUACGGCACUUCACCUUAUCUGUCAAACAGCUACUACACACCAACCUAUCCUUAUGGUGGAGGCUAUGGUAAUAUGUAUUCAGGUUAUUCAGGUUAUGGCGGUUAUCGUCCUUAUGGUAUGUAUGGUACAGCUGGUGCUAAUACUUACGGCAUGUACUCUAAUAAUAAUGAGGAGUCAGUUAUGAUGAGGAGGGCGGAGGAAAGAACUCGUUCAGCUUUUCAAUCGGUUGAAUCAGUAGUGGGUGCUUUUGCUUCCGUCACAAUGAUGCUGGAGUCAACGUACUUUGCAGUUCAGAGUUGCUUUAGAGCUUUGCUGGGCGUGGCACAACAUUUUUCACGUUUAAAGAAUCAAAUCUGGUCAAUAUUGUCAGCCAUCACUCUUUUAAGACGAUUGCAGCAUUUUUUGAGGAGAUUACUAGCAAUAUUGAGACUAAGAGCUUAUAACCAAUCAGAUGAAUUAUGGAGUGAUAUUUCACACAGUCAGUCCGCUGAAGGCCCCUCCCAAUCUCCCAGGUUGUGGCCAGUGGUCAUGUUUUUCACUGUUAUUGUGGGUGUGCCUUGGUUGCUAUGGAGACUGCUGGUAUCGGCAGUUGAGGAUAAUAGCAGUUCAAUUGACAGCUGGUCUCCUCAGGGUACUAUAGCAAGAGCACUCUAUGACUUUAAUGCUGAAAGGCAGAACGAGCUAUCAGUAGCAGCUGGAGAUGAACUGGUCAUUGCACCUGCUUCAUUACAGCCUCAAGCAACUGGUUGGAUCUUAGUUGGAAGAAACAGACGAUCAGGAUUAAUACCAUCAAACUAUAUCGAGAUACUACCAGAUAAUAGUGGGCGUGUCUCUCGUCAAUAUGCCACACCUCCUAAGCCUGCGUUAAGUCCUUCUGAAGACUAACAAUUAUUAUUAUUAUUAUUAUUUUAAUUUUUUAUUAAAAAAUGAAAAUGAAAAUGACAA